AGACAGAACGUUUCUCGCCCUUACCGCUGGUGGUGGCGUCCGGCAGUGACAGCUACUUCCCGCUUGCCGGAGGAUUGGAUUGGCUGGGCCCGCGCAGACUCGCCGUCCGAUUGGAGCGCGUCAAGUUCCGGAAGGCGAGGCGGUGAAGCUUCCACAUGUUCGGGCUCGGAAAUUGCCAUGGCGGCGGUACCUCUGCGGGAUCGGCUGAGCUUCUUGAGCCGGCUACCCAUUCUAAUCAAAGGUACCUCAGAUGAUGAAGUUCCAUGCCCGGGGUAUCUGCUUGAAGAGAUGGCCAAGAUCUCACAUGACUCAGCAGGAAGCAGUCACUGUCUCCUUGAGUACCUCCUCAAUCGCCUUCAGAGCAACUCGUGUAAUGUCAAGUUGAAGGUGCUCAAGAUCCUGCUCCACAUGUGCAGCCAUGGCUCUUCCUAUUUCCUUCUGCAGCUCAAGCGGAAUUCUUCCUUCAUCCAGGAGGCCACAGUGUUUGCAGGGCCUCCUGAUCCUCUCCAUGGCAACAGCUUGUAUCAGAAGGUGCGGGUGACUGCCCAGGACCUGGCAAGCGCUUUGUUUUCAGAUGUGUUGCUGCCCCAGCCUGCUGCUAUUCCACCUAAAGAGCUGCCUUCAACAGGAAUGGGCUCCGGGCCCAGCCCCCAUGGCUCACUCCAAGGCUUUGGUUUUGAAAGAAGUGGCUCCGCAUCCACUGGCAAAGUUCUGCUGGCCACCAUCCAAAAGGCAGCAGAGGUGGUUGCCAAUGCCAUGCUCCCUGGUCAGGAGCUCCCUUGUCCCCAUGGUAGGGAGCUGAAGGAUGAUGCCUACGAGCCAGUGACGGCACCUUUUCCAGGCAAAAGCUCCGUCUUGCCUACAAAGCCACCUUCUGUCAUUGUCCAUAAGAAGCGAGCGACCCAUCAGCCAGGGCAAGCAGGAGGUGGCUGGGAGGAGUUGGACAGUGGGCAAAGCUCCCAGAAUUCCUUGCAGGAGAACAGUGAGCUGAGUAGGACUUCGGAUUCCUACAGCAAGUCGGGCAGCGACAACCACUCAGGUGCUCUGGAGCCAGGGAGCAUUGCUGAAAGGACAGAUGCUGAGGACCUUGGUGACUGCCUGCAGGAAGUGAGCCUCAUUACCAAACUCACCAGAGGCUCCAAGGUGUUCCUGACACGCGAGGAGACCCAGCAUUUUAUCAAGGAGUGUGGGCUGCUGAAUUGCGAAGUGGUCUUGGCUAUCCUCAACCGAACCCUGAAGGACCCCAGCGAGUGUAUUCGCAUGAGAGCCAUGUGUGCCAUCUAUUCCCUCAUGUGCUCCGACUUGCUCUCCCAUGAUCAGAUAUUUGCCAUUACCCAGCAGCACUUGCAAGAGCUCAGUCAAGAGAGCCCUGGGCCUGUAGCCAACAAAGCAACAAAGAUCUUGCGUCAGUUUGAAGCACUCAGCAGGAGCCAUCCCACUUCCAAGACCUCUUCUCCGGUUCCCGGCCACUGUGCCCCUGCCAGGACCACAUCCAAGCGUCCUGAUGACUUACUGGCAGAUACAAUGCCAUUUGCAGAAGAGGCUAUCCUCAAACCCCUGAGUCUCGCGCCACAGCCCUCCCCAGCACCUGAAGUCCUCACCAGGGCAGUGCAUCCAUCAGAAGGGCAGGUGCUGGAACCUGGGUCCUCUGGCCAACUUGGAAUUAGCCAGCCACCUGAGCUUGGCCAGCGAGGGCCAGAAUGCAGGCUCCCAAACCCUGAACCCCAAGAGGACAGGCCUCCAAGAGGUGAUCCAGAUGGCACAGUGUCCCUGUUUGCUGGCAUGGAGCUGGUCGCACCCUCAAGCAUGGUAUUAGCAGAUACUCUGGAGCAGGAAUGUAUACCUCCAGCUCCCUGGACAGCACCUUGCACUGGGAGCACCAGAGCCACUGAGGAUAACCAGGGAUCGUCUGCUUUCUCCUUCCUCAAUGCAUAGCAGUUCCCUUUGGGCUAUGGGACAGCUUGAGAUAGCACCAAAUGGAUGCGUUUUUCUAGCUCUCUCUGAACUGUUACACACCUGCGUAUAGCCAGAGGAUUCUUUUCUCUUAUGCUGUUGUUCUUCAUUCCCGAAAGAGGGGAAGAGGCAACAUCCCUCGCUACACCUCGCUGGGUCAUCUGCAAGCAUGAAGGAAGACAUGAAUGUUCAACACUGCCUUUUUAAUUUGAUUGUUUUCAAUGUUGAAACAACAAUGUUGAAAUAUUGAACAACAAAAGCACAAUCCAACAUCGACAAUAUAGUCUGUUUUCAUAUACCUGGUUGAUGCAGAAGUGACAGAAAUGCCCCCUUUACUCUUCCUUUUUCAAUUUAAAAUCCGUUUCCACUUUUAUAUUGUUGUUUUUCUACGUCCUCCACUUGUUACCUUGGGAUUCUGACCAUAAGAAAUGAGGCAGCCUUAAAGAACACAGGCAAACACUAAGGUGCUUCUGAUUCUGACGACCCAAGAAUUGAA